GGCGCAGCUCCUCCCUAGUAGCGUAGUAAUGGCGACUCACGGUUCAUGGUGAUGCGAGCGCUUUCUUCUCAUCCAAACGUUUUCCAAUAAGGAAAUAUUUUUGUACUUUUGUAUUUAAAAAUGAUGGACAAUUUCUCGUCGCUCUUCGGGCAGACAGAUCCGUCCGGCCCUCCUGGUUUUGGCCCAGGAAAAGCGACGCAGCCCGUGAGCCAACAGCAGGUCGGGGAAGAUGGGGUUCGUAAACAAGGGGUGAUCAAUGAGCCUUUCUACCUGCUGAGGGAACUUCCAGCUGGAAAUGAAUUGACUGGAAAUACGAACCUGAUUACAUAUUAUAACUUAGAGCAUGCCUACAACAAGUUCUGUGGUAAGAAAGUGAAAGAGAAACUCAGCAACUUCUUACCAGAGUUGCCAGGUAUGAUUGACAUGCCUGGCUCACAGGACAACAGCUCUUUGAGAUCUUUAAUUGAGAAACACCCAAUCUGUGGGAACACCUUUAACCCACUGACCGGGACCUUAUUGACGGGUUUCAGACUUCAUGCAGGACCGCUUCCAGAACAGUAUCGCCUGAUGCACAUACAGCCUCCAAAAAAGAAGACCAAGCACAAGCAGAAGCACAACCGUCCACAGGAUCCUGUGCCACCAGAAACACCAUCUGAUUCAGACCACAAAAAGAAGAAAAAGAAAAAAGAUGAUGACCCAGAGAGGAAAAAGAAAAAAAAAAGAGAAAAAGAAAAAAAAGAACCGGCACAGUCCAGAUCACCCAGGCAUCAACAACUCACAGCCAAACAGUAGCACCAACCUUCGAUGAAGUUGACUGAAAGCAAAAAAAAAAAAAAAAAUUAAUAAUAACAUUUAAAGAAAUCCAGUCUUACUUUUUAUUUUUUUUAAUUUUUCCCUUCUCUUCCCCUAAGUGAGUAAGGUGGGUAGGCCUUGCUGAGAUCUAGAUCUUUUUUUUUCCCCAGACAUGAGCAACAAUGGGCUUUUAGAUGUGUGCUAUAAUUUUUU